AUGUUAUUCAAAUCAAUCGUUUCAUUAUCAUCAUCACAAUCAUCUCAACCAUCAAAUGUUUUAUCUAAAGAAAAUACAUUAAACUUUGAUUCAAAUUCAGUUGCCGAAACCAUCCAAAAGAAAAUGAUGUUUUUCAGUAGACCAUAUUGUUUCUAA